CGGACCACGCCGCCCGAGCCCUGCCGCGACUUCCUUCCCGGGCCGCCCGGCGCUCCCCCGGCCCGCACUUUUGAUUGACCCCCCGCCGCCCGCUGGACUGCUGCUGCGUCUCUUCCCACCGUGGACCUCAACAUGUGUCAUGUCAUUGUCACCUGCCGCUCGAUGCUCUGGACCCUUCUGAGUAUCGUGGUGGCCUUUGCGGAGCUCAUCGCGUUCAUGAGCGCGGACUGGCUGGUGGCGAAGGCCAAGGGCCGCGGCGGCGCGGAGCCCGCGGCCGGGGCCCCCGAGCCCCACCACCCCACGCUGGGCAUCUACGCGCGCUGCAUCCGCAACCCGGGCGUGCAGAGCGUCCCGCGCGACACGCUGUGCGGGCCCUACGCCGAGAGCUUCGGCGAGAUCGCCAGCGGCUUCUGGCAGGCCACGGCGAUCUUCCUGGCCGUGGGGAUCUCCAUCCUGGGCAUGGUGGCCCUGGUGUCCGUCUUCACCAUGUGUGUGCAGAGCGUCCUGAAGAAAAGCAUCUUCAACGUCUGCGGGCUCCUGCAGGGAAUCGCCGGCCUGUUCCUUAUCCUUGGCUUGAUACUCUACCCUGCAGGAUGGGGCUGCCAGAAAGCUAUAGACUAUUGUGGACAUUAUGCAUCCGCCUACAAACCUGGAGACUGCUCCUUGGGCUGGGCCUUUUACACUGCCAUCGGGGGCACAGUCCUCACCUUCAUCUGUGCCGUGUUUUCUGCACAAGCAGAGAUAGCAACCUCCAGUGACAAAGUACAGGAAGAAAUUGAAGAGGGGAAAAACCUUAUCUGCCUCCUCUAGUUUGGAUGGGACAUUAUGCCAUUUUUUUUCUUGUGUAAUCAUGUGAAACAGUGCUCAUCAUUUGAAUCAAGUGAAGAACCAGCCUUUAUCUGCCAGAGCCACAUUCCACAGCCUCAGACCUCUGUGAGACCAGUGAAAGGUACCAGCCACUAAGCUGAGUGACUGGAUGUGAGGGCCACAGUGCAAAUGAUUAUAGACUCUAGCCCUUGACUGUAGUGGAGGAUUUGUCAGACGCCAUCUCCCUGAGGGCUCCAUGAAGGAUAGCAAUCUGAAUCACCAGGGUGGGAAGCCUUCUCCCUUACAGCACAGGAGAGGCAAGGUUCCACCCAUAGCUACACACGCCUGUGAGCUUCUCUCCGAAAGAGGCCUGGGGGAUGGUUUCUUGUGAAUUGACUCAGAUUAAAAGGAGAUUGCAGACUUUCUAGAGAGGCUGUGUUCUAAAGACACCAGGCUAGGCUUAGCUGACCAAAGGGGUUAAUAGGGACAGUGUGUAGUCUUGCUGAGGAACUUAUUUUAGGCUGACUUCCAAAGCAAGGUAGAUCUAUGGAACUGUCAUCAAGAUCUGAGAAAUUGCUGAGUAAAGAAAGAUUGGGAGUAAAAGUUAAAAACCUUGGCAGUCAGAGACUAGAACCCACACCAGCCCAGUCUCCUCUCCUAGGGUGAGUGGUUGUGCUUGACUGCCUGAAGAACCUCAGCUUUCUCCUUCCAAGGAUAUCAGUUUCUAAACCAGCUAUGCCUCAUGCAGAUGUCCUCAGCAUUUGUGAGGAGACCUGUUCUCUGGUGAUCAUGCUGUACGCAGCUGGUUUUGAGUCCCAUCAGCAAUAGAACGACAAUCUGCAGGGAAUAGGGGGCCUAGCUCCUCUAGUUUCUGACUGAAAUAACAUGAAAGAGUUGUACUCACGACUCCAUCCGUAAGAAAGCAGAGUAGAAAGUCAAUGCAGGAGUUGUACCUGUUUACAAAAUACUCAAGUGCCACUAUUAAAGGAUUCAGUUUUGAAUCUAGUUUCUAUAAAUUACCAGUGUAACUAAAUAUGGUAAAAAGAAUGACAAAAGCAGCUAGAAACAAUGCAGUGUGGCAUCACAUGGCCUCAAGCUGCAGCAUAAUACAGAAACACUCAUGUAGACCUCUGAAGGGUUACUAGUAAGUGCUUUUUACCAGGUAUGCAACCCUGAAUCACAAUCUACAGCCUUGUCCCAGUGCCUCACUUUAAAGCUGUGAGGAUAGAACCAGGCCCUGAUACAAAACACACACAUGUUCUAUGUACAGAUGGAAUGAAACCACUGAAGUUUUAUGAUGUUUUCUUUUGGCCUGUACUUCUCUCUCACACAGGUGAGAUACUAAGAAUACGGAUGUUGACUCAGUUAAUAAAUUCACCAUUUCUGAAGCAAAGGUCAAAAUAAGAAAGCUGGAACUCCUACAGCUUUCAUGUGGCCAAGAGAAGGGCAAGCAGGUACUCCCUGAGCAACGCAGGAUAAGGUUCAGUGUCCAUGAGCAGGAUAGGCCAUGUGUGGUCCAGUGGUGGCUCCUGACCUCACUGCACACUUACAAGGGUCUAACCAAGUCCUUCUUCCAAUACAGUGACAGUGUUUCCAAGCUGGGCAAAGCUUUGUAAUUCUGUUCAUUAGGCAAAUCUUCAUAAAAUAAUUUUUCUUUCUAAAACUUAACAGAUUAACUUUUUAUAUAUGUGGUGUUUUCUAACAUUGAUUUUGUGGCCGCUUCCUCACAGACAAGUUUUAAGCCCAGGGGAUCUGCUGAGCCUGUCCAUCAUGUGCUCUUUGGCUAAGGUGGCAGUGGACACCUAGGUCAACUUGACAGUGUUUAUUAAUUUAAAAGUUGUUCAAACACCAAGAUCAAAUUUUCUACAAGAGUAAAAAGGUCAGCUGGGCCUUUUAAAUCUUCACUCUAAUGCACAGUUUCUUUGGGAUGAAAGGGCCAUCUAAAACCAUGCUAGUCUAGACCAAAAUUCUUCUGCAUGGCUCUCUACAAACCACUUGUUGACCUAUACUCAUUUUUCUAAUAAAUAGGACCAUUACUAUUACCAGAAAAAUCUUAUUUAUUUUGCCUGCAUUUGUGCUAUAAGUUUCAUGAUGGGCUGGGCUUCUCAAUCAACUCUAAAGCAGAAAUAUUUGCAUUGGAGUCUGUGGGUUCUUUAAACCUGUGUGCUAAGUCAACAAUGUUACAUUAGUUGUGUAAGGGUUUUUGUAUAGUUUUCAAUCACCUGUGGUGUCACAAAUGAUCUUGGUUUAAACAUGUAUUCUGUAAAGUGCCAUAGUCUUAUGUGUAGCAUAUUUAAAAUAUAUAUUAUACAUACACAAGUUUAUGUGAAAGAUGUGCAAUAACAAAGGUGUAUGUAUGUUUGUUUUGGGGAAACUGGACAGGAGUCACAACAGGGCUGUUUUGGCAAAGGAGAGAAACACAGUUUUGCCUUCGUGGCUAGUCACUAGCCAAUAAGAAUUCUAAUGCUACACAAAUUUUAUGUGAAGAAAAGACUGGUAUGAAAUCCUUUACUCCUGGGUCUGAAUUAAAAUAAUCACUAUAUGUAUGUGAAGGUUAUGCCAGCAAGCCAGGCCCAGCUAAUGCUAGUCUUUUGUGAAAUGUGAAGCUGCCAUGUUGCCUUUUCUGUUAGUGUAAUAACUAGUAGCUGGUUCAUACUCACUAAGGAGCUAUUUCUUAUCAUGCUUUUAUAGACCAUGUUAAUGCUAGACCACUACUUAAGGGCUAGUCUCACACCUUCUUAGCGGUAAGAGUCUGGCUGAGAACAGACUUCUCUGUGCAAUAACGUGGCCACUGGAAAUCCCUGGCCUGCAUUUGUGUUUGGGUAGCAAAGACUUCCAAGGGCCAACAGAAUUAAAGGGAUGACUGGGAUUUCUUCUGAGACUGUGGUGAAACUCCUCCAAGGCUGAGGGGGUCCUUAGGUGCUGUGGAGGAACUUGGCACCACUUGAUAUUCAAUAGCCACUUGAGCCAAAUAUGAAAUUGUAUUUACAGCUGAUGGACUCAAUUGGAGCCUUCAAAUUUGUGGUUAUCCUGUUAUAUGUAAACUAAUACAUUUGUUUGUCUAGCAUUGAUUAGGUUUCUAUGUAUAUGUAUUUCACAGUGUGCUCCCCUGCCCUCCUCAAAUCUGAAUUAAACCAAGUUUUGCAAACCCA